AUGUUGAUCUUCACCCCCACCAACCAGAUCCGCCUGACUAACGUGGCCGUGGUAGGAAUGAAGCACGCCGGGAAACGCUUCGAGAUCGCUUGCUACAAGAACAAGGUCGUUGGCUGGCGGAGCGGCGUGGAAAAAGACCUUGAUGAAGUUCUGCAGACCCAUUCAGUGUUUGUAAAUGUUUCCAAAGGUCAGGUUGCCAAGAAGGAAGACCUCAUCAGUGCAUUUGGUACAGACGACCAGACUGAAAUCUGUAAGCAGAUUUUGACUAAAGGAGAAGUUCAAGUAUCAGAUAAAGAAAGACAUACACAGUUGGAGCAGAUGUUUAGAGACAUUGCUACCAUUGUGGCAGACAAAUGUGUGAACCCUGAAACAAAGAGACCUUACACUGUUAUCCUUAUCGAGAGAGCCAUGAAGGACAUCCACUAUUCAGUCAAAACUAACAAGAGUACCAAACAGCAGGCUUUGGAAGUGAUCAAGCAGCUGAAGGAGAAGAUGAAAAUAGAACGUGCUCACAUGAGACUUCGCUUCAUCCUCCCAGUGAACGAGGGGAAGAAGCUGAAAGACAGGUUGAGGUCACUAAUCAAGGUGGUAGAAAGUGAAGACUAUGGUCGGCAGCUGGAGAUUGUGUGUCUGAUCGACCCAGGCUGCUUCAGGGAAAUCGAUGAGCUAAUACAAAAGGAAACUAAAGGCAAGGGGUCUUUGGAAGUGCUCAGUCUGAAAGAUGUGGAAGAAGGAGAUGAGACAUUUGAGUGACAUUCUUCGGUGUUUUAUUUCCAGUUGAACCAGUGUAUAUCUGAUCUGCUAAAGCGAUGUCAUUGUCCGUCCUGUGUUAAACACAUCAGUGUAAUGUGGGAGUGAUUUCAUUUUAAUUUUAAGUUGAGGUUUCAGGCAAAAAUGGAAAACCCAAAAUAUAAAGUCCAGAGUAGCACUUGGA